AUGGACGAAGACAGCAGCGUUUUGCCAGAGUUGAAAGAUUUGGAGACGAAGUUGGGACGGAAAGUGCCAGACAGUCUUGUGCGCUCGCUGGUCGGGGGGAAACACCACGACAAACACGACAAGACGCUGCGUUCGGCCAAGUUCUGCGCCAAAUCUGCAGACUUUAAACGCCUAGAGGGCAAGAUGUUACUUCUGAAACAAGAAAUGGCCAACUUACGAGCCAUCGACGUCAAACUGAUGCAGCAGCUCAUGACCAUCAACGAGGGCAUCGAGUCCAUCCGCUGGGUGAUGGAGGACAGGGCGGGCGUGGCCAGUCAGGACGGCAGCCUCUCAGGGAGCCUCUACAGCCUGACCGACAGCCAGGACGGGAGCUCGUUACGGGGCAGCGUGAACAGCCUGACCGACGGCAACAGUGACAAUCUGGAUGGGAUCUCGGUGGGCUCGUAUCUGGACACUUUGGAGGACCUCCCGGACCACCCCUCGCCCACGGACCUCAGCUCUUACAUGGACCAGACUGUUAUCAACGGAGAUGUGUUUAGUAAAAGCCCUCUCAAGCUCAGGGUGGAGUCGGACGAGUACUACUGUUUUGGGUAG